CAUUUCAUCGAUCCAUUUGUUUACGGGGUCGUCUGCUAAAAAAAACUACUUCUUUUUUGAAGCUACUUUUUUAUUCCCAUCGAAAUUAGAAAAUUAUUAUUAUUAUGCAGUGAAUUUGUGUAUUUUAUUAGUGAAUAAUAAGACAAAUUUUUAACGAUGCCAGGUACUGCGGAUAAUACGACUGAACUUGGCGAAAUUGAAAAUGUCCGUGUUGUCGUUCGAGUUCGUCCCUUACAUGGAAAAGAAUUGGAUCAACAUUGUAAAAUAAUAACAAAAGUUGAUACAUUAAAUGCUGAAAUAACAGUUGAAAAUGCAAAUGCAACGCAAGGAGAGCCACCAAAAGUAUUUUCUUUUGAUGCAGUUUUUGAUACAAACACAAGUCAAGUUGAUAUUUAUAAUGAAACAGCACGACCAAUUGUUGAUAAAGUUUUACAAGGCUAUAAUGGAACAAUAUUUGCCUAUGGACAAACGGGAACUGGUAAAACUUACACUAUGUCUGGAGCAAAAACUUCACCACAAUUACGUGGUAUCAUUCCAAAUACAUUUGCUCAUAUUUUUGGUCACAUUGCAAAGGCUGAUGAAAAUCAAAAGUUUCUAGUGAGAGCCACUUAUUUGGAAAUUUAUAAUGAGGAAGUUAGAGAUUUAUUGGGAAAGGAUCAAAACACAAGAUUGGAAGUUAAAGAGAGGCCGGAUAUUGGAGUAUUUGUUAAAGAUUUAAGUGGAUAUGUUGUUAACAAUGCUGAUGAUUUAGAUAGAAUUAUGACUCUUGGCAAUAAAAAUCGUGUGGUGGGAGCGACAGCAAUGAAUGUUUCCAGUUCGAGAUCGCAUGCAAUUUUUACAAUUACUGUGGAAUCUAGUCAACCCGGAGAAGAUGGUGAACAACAUGUGAAAAUGGGAAAACUCCAUUUAGUUGAUUUGGCCGGUUCUGAACGUCAGAGUAAAACGAAAGCAAGUGGAGUUCGUUUGAGAGAGGCGACAAAAAUAAAUUUAUCACUUUCAACAUUAGGUAAUGUUAUUUCCGCCCUUGUCGAUGGGCAAAGUUCUCAUGUGCCUUAUAGAAAUUCCAAGCUGACAAGAUUGUUACAAGAUUCCCUUGGUGGUAAUUCGAAAACACUUAUGUGCGCAAAUAUCAGUCCAGCGGAUUUGAAUUACGAUGAAACUAUCAGCACUUUACGUUAUGCGAAUAGAGCGAAAAAUAUUAAAAAUAGAGCGAGAGUAAAUGAGGAUCCAAAAGAUGCUCUUCUUCGACAAUUUCAAGUGGAAAUUGAACAAUUAAGAAAACAAUUGGAAGAAAAUGCUGGUGAAUUGUCUGACACUGAAGUGGAAACUGACGAGUCUGAGGAAAAUGGCAGUGGAGAAACAAAAAGAGAAAGAAAAUCACGACAUCGUAGAAGUCAAAUGAUGACAAUGGAGGAACUCGAUGAUGGUGUGGAGGAUGGGGAAAAAGUUGAUAAAGCUGAGAAAGAUGAUAAAUUUUCCGAUGAUCACGAUGUUAAUGAACUUAAGCGCACACAAAGCGAGAAGGAAGCGUUAAGAGAAAAAAUGCAGAAUUUACAGAAUAAAAUUUUAGUUGGUGGUGAAAAUCUUUUGGAAAAAGCCGAGGCACAAGAACGUUUACUUGCAUCGUCAGCAAUUGAAUUGGAGGAGAGAAAAAGUCGUGAGGAACAAUUGAAAAAGGCCAUUGAAGAAAAGGAAGCUGAACGAAUAGAUAUUGAGGAGAAAUAUUCGUCAUUACAAGAGGAGGCUGCUGGUAAAACGAAAAAAUUAGCUAGAAUACAAACAAUGCUAUUGUCAGCGAAAGCGGAACUUUCUGAUUUACAAGAAGAACAUCAACGUGAAAUGGAAGGACUUUUGGAAUGUGUCCGUGGAAUUGGAAGAGAAUUACAAUUGCAGGAACUUGUUUUAAAUAGUUACAUUCCUGCUCAAUAUCAGACUAUGAUUGAAAGAUAUGUUCAUUGGAAUGAGGAUAUUGGUGAAUGGCAAUUAAAAUGCGUUGCUUACACUGGAAAUAAUAUGAGAAAAGCACAAGCUGCUCCUUCAAUUGGAAGCAAUAAAGACCAAGCACUUCCGGAUUUGUCUAAUAUUUUUCUCACCUACAAUACGGAUUCUGAAACGAAUUUAGCGCCUCCAAAAAGAAAUAGAAGUCGAUCUGGAGUUCCAAGACCAACCACAGCUCAUCGACGAACACCUCUUCAAUAAUUAUUAUUUAUAUUUCAUUACACAGCUAGAUAUAUUAUGCAUUUUUAGAGAAUUUUUUUUUUUUUUUGCUUAUAGUACCUAAUAAUUCUUAAAAAAAAUUUUUGAAACGUAGUGAACACAAUUUUUAUCCAAUAUUUUCGAUUUUUUUAUUUA